GCUGAUUGUUUAGCUACUCACAGACAGUCUUUCCCUGAUUGUGUGUCGGUACUGAUGGAAGGAGGAAGUGUGCGGCGUCGGUGAGCGGUGCUAACGUUAGCUUAGGUGGACGCUGCCGUCAUGUCGUCUCCUGACAGCAGCACUGCCGGAGGGAUUCACGGGCUUCUUCUCAAACUUCAUGAAUCACUUUCCGACGAAGACACCCGAGCUGCGGCUCUGAACUGUCACGAUAUUGUCCGCGACUUGGCACAAGACUGUAUGCUAACCCUCACCGAGAAUGAACUCGCUUUACAGACAUCCUUACUGUUCUCUAAAGACUACGGGCUGCUGAGCUUCCUCAGGAAGUCCCUGGUAUCGGAUGAGCUGCGGGACACCCGGGUUGAUAUCUUGUGUUUUUUGGAGAAGUUCUUGGACAGGGUCUCGCCAAGAGUCAGAGGCUGGGAGAAGACUUACGCCAUCGACAUAAGAGACACGUGCAUGGCCGUGUAUACAAAGGAAAAAGUCGCCAAAUGCAGGACUCCAGUGCUUGAGCUCCUUAUUAAGGUUCUCCAGAAGACAAAAGCUUCCAGCGUGACUGCAGACCUUCGGAUCUGUGAAAUCUUCAACAGGUUUUACAGUGAGCUUUGUCAGAAACACAAACUACCAGAUUCUGUCCUCGGCAAAAUCUACGAGUUGCUGGGAGUUCUUGGGGAGGUUCACCCCAGCGAGAUGGUCAGCAACUCUGACAAACUCUACAAAGCCUAUCUCGGAGAGCUAAAAGAGCAGAUGACCUCCUCAACAAAGGAGCCAAAACUUCUUGUUGUCGCUGGAUGUUUGAGAGGAAUCACUGCUCUAAUGGUCAACUUCGCAAAAUCCAUGGAGGAAGACCCGGCAACGUCAAAGGACAUCUUCCAGUAUGCCCUGAAGUCGAUCACUCCUCAGAUGGAGAUGAGUCGCUAUGCUGUCACCUUUGCUGGGCUGAGAUUAUUCGGCAGGCAUGCGUCCCAGUUCGGCAGCUGCCUCAUGGACCACUACAGAACUUUGUUUGACGUCAUGUCCAAGCUGUGUGGACACAUCAACGGCGAGAUGAAGAAGACGAGUUACUACGCGCUGGAGGCCUUCCUCAAACAGGUUGCGAUGCUGGUGGCCGAGAACGUCGAGGAGCACAAAAGCAAGUUGAAGUUCUUCAUGCAGAAGUUCUGCGGCAUCAUUAAGACCAUGGACUCGACGCACAAAGAGCUGUCCAUCGCCAUACGAGGAUAUGGAUUCUUCGCAGCCCCAUGCAAGAAGGUCUGCCCCCAGGACGUGGACUUGAUGUACACGGAGCUGAUUCAGCGCUGCAAGCAGAUGUACCUGACGGAGUCUGACGGGGACGACGACAGCUUCUACCAGCUGCCCAGCUUCCUGGACUCAAUAGCGAGUGUUCUGAUUCACCUGGACAAGAUCCCAGAGGUGUACACGCCUCUGCUGGAGCGUCUCCUCGUGGUGCAGAUCGACAGCUUCCCUCAGUACAGCGAGAGGAUGCAGACCACGUGCUGCAGGUCCAUCCUGAAGGUGCUGGUGGCCGUGGCCUCCAAAGGACCCGUCCUGUGGAGUUUUAUCAGCUCUGUGGUGCACCAGGGUUUGAUUCGUGUCUGUUCGAAGCCCAUCGUGCUUCCUGAGGACAAAGCCGGCGGUCGCUCUGAGUCCUCUGAGGUUCGUGUUGGAAAGUGGAAGGUCCCAUCGAGUCAGAACUAUCUGGCUCUGUAUAAAAGCCUUCUGGACUGCGAUCAGCUGAAGGAUUCGGGAUUUUUGGACGGAGCGUUUGAAAGUCAGAACGCCGCUCUGCCGUCUCUGAGUCGCCUCCUUUAUGACGAGCUGGUGAAAUCGAUCCUCCGCAUCGUGGAGAAACUGGACUUGUCUGUGCAGAAAGUGACCAGCGGGGAGGAGGCUCCAGAUGAGGCGGCUCACGUCCUGCCCUCUUCCGACCCCACAGCUCAUCUGCUGCCCAAUAAGAUCAAAGAUUUCACAGCCUUCAUCAACCUGGUCGACUUCUGCAGCGAGUUGUUGCUGAGUAAACACGUGGAGUAUUUCCAGUCCUGGGUGUACCCCUUCAGCCAUGAACUCAUCCUCCACUCCAUACGAAAUCCACUCGUCAGCGGCUUCUACAAGCUGCUCUCUGUCACCAUGAGGGUAGCCAAGAGGAUCAAGUACUACCAGGGAGCUGGUCUAAAAGGCUCUACGUCCCCCCAGAGUGACGCAGUGAGAAGCGCCUGUUUUGCCCUCUUCUCUAAGUUUGGAAAAGAGGUGUGUGUGAGGACGAAGCAGUACAAAGACGAGCUGCUGGCGUCCUGCUUGACGUUCGUCCUGUCACUGCACCACAACAUCAUCGCCCUGGACAUCAAGGCCUACUGUCCCGCUCUGCAGGCGGCUCUCAAGCUCGGUCUGAGUCAUGUUCCCUUGGCUAACGUAGCCCUGGAUGCUCUGGAGGACUGGUCGGCCCACAUUCCCCUGGAGACGAUGCAGCCCUGCUACUCCACCGUCCUUCCUCUGCUGGAUGGAUACCUGAAGUCUGCCUCUGCCAACAACAGAGACGACAGCCGCUGGGAGGUGAUGUCCUCCGUGUCUUCAGGCAGUGACAGAGGAUACAGUCGAGUGCUGACAAGGCUGCUGAAACAAUCCAGCCAGCUCACCCUGGAGGAUGCUCCUCUGGUGGCGGUGAGGCUCAGGGUGGUGAAGCUGCUCGGUCACCUGGGAGGAAAGCUGAACAGGAACCUCAUAACUGUGGUGUCAUCAGAGGACAUGAUGAAGAAGUUUGUGGCCUGGGACUCAGAGAAGAGGCUCAGCUUCGCCGUGCCGUUCGCCGAUAUGAAGCCGGUGAUCUACCUCGACCCGUUCCUGCCUCGCAUCAGCGAACUGGCUCUGUCCACCAGCGACAGGCAAACCAAAGUAGCGGCAUGUGAGCUGCUCCACUCUCUGGUCGUCUACAUGGUCGGCAAGAGCGCUCAGAUGGUUGAAGGUGAUAAGAGUUUGCCGCCCAUGUACAAGCUGCACAAGAGGCUGUUUCCUGUGCUGCUGCGUCUGGCCUGCGACGUUGAUCAGGUGACAAGACAGUUGUUUGAACCGCUGGUCAUGCAGCUGAUCCACUGGUUCACAAACAACAAGAAGUUUGAAAGCCAGGACACAGUUGCUGUUCUAGAGGCCAUUAUGGACGGCGUGGUCGACCCGAUGGACAGCACUCUCAGAGACUUAUGUGGCCGCUGCAUCGAAGAGUUUGUCAAAUGGUCCAUCAAGCAGACCACACCGAAGCAGCAGGAGAAGAGUCCCACCAACAUGAAGUCCUUGUUUAAGCGUAUCUACAGCUUGGCCCUGCACCCCAGCGGCUUCAAAAGACUCGGCGCAGCUUUAGCUUUCAAUAGCAUCUACAGACUGUUCAGGGAGGAAAGCUCUCUGGUGGAGCAGUUUGUCUUUGAAAUACUCGUCAUAUUUGUGGAAAGUCUGUCUCUGGCACACUCUGAUGAGCCGUCUAUGGGUACUUUGCAGCAGUGUGGCAGUGCCAUCGACCACCUGAACAGAAUCAUCAAGCACAAAGCCCCAAGUCUCAAUCAGCACAACGCAAAGAGACGCAUCCCCAGGGGCUUCCCAGCUGAUGGGACGCUGAGCCUCUCUGAUGUGGUUUUAUGGCUUCUGGAACAAUGUGGCCGCCCUCAGACCGAGUGUCGCCACAAAUGCAUGGAGCUCUUCUAUGAGUUCAUCCCUCUGCUGCCAGGGAAGAAGUCUCCCCCUCAGUGGGUGGAUGCCAUGCUGAAGGAUCAUGGCACAGGUUUCCUGAUCUCUCGGUUUGAGGGUGGGGGUCUCCUCUCCCAGCCCACACUCAGGGACCUGAGGGGCCCCUUCAGUGUCAGGGCCACCCUGCAGUGGAUGGACCUCCUGCUGGCCGCCCUGGACUGCUACAACACUUUCAUCAGCUUGCACAUCAUCAAGCCUCAUCACAUGAUUAGCUCCAAACAGGAGUCGAACUUCCUGAAAGCUGCAGGUUUCUUUCUGACUGAGCUGGCGGCUCAGGAGCUGGCAGCAGCGGAGAGCUGUUUCCCUCUGGGCGAGAAGACGUCUCACUUCAGCCCGAGAGAGGUGGACCAGUACAACUUCAGCAAGUGCACCAUCAUCGUCCGCCUGCUCGAGUUUGCUGCCAUGAUUCUUGUCAAAGGAGACCAGGAGUUUUGCAAGCUUCUGGAGCGAGACUUUUUCGUCCCGGCUUUUUUUGAGCUCACCGCGCUGGUAGUGUGCGAGCCGUCGGCUGUGGGUUUCAACAUGGCGGACGUGGAGGUCAUGAAGAACCUACCAGAAGUGUGUGUUCCUUUACUGAAGGCCCUGCUGGCCUCACCUUUCCGAGCCUGCAUUGAAAACAGUUUGCGUUCGAAAAUCUCUCGAAAAAGUGUUGAAGACCUGUGUGCUGUAGACCUGUACCAUUCCAGCACCCUGAGCCGCCAUGACCACAUGGAAAUGGUUCUGUCUUCCUGUAAGCAGAUCCACAAAGCCGACCUGCUCAGCUCCAUCCUGCACAGCCAGGACGCCGCCUACGCCAGCUCCCUCGGUUCCCGGCUGCUGAUGGCGGUGUAUAAAGGUAUCGCGCCUGGAGAGGACAGGAAGGCACUUCCCUCCUUGGACGUAAACACCAAGAGGCUAUCAGACGGCCUGCUUCAGCUCGCCUUCUCUCUCAGUCAGCAGAGUGAGCAGCUGGUGGACUUGUUGUUGAACACCAUUAUGCUCUCCGUGCCCCUCUCUGGAGGUCACAGCCAUAACUUCCUGAGCUUCUCGCAUGGCGAGUACUUCUACAGCCUCUUCCAGAUGACCAUCAACACCGAGCUGCUGAGAGGCCUGGACAGCACGGUGCAGCGCCUCAUGAAGGCUUCCUCUCAAAACCCCAGCAUGGUGAGUUUGUUGCUGAACGGCAUGCUGGACCACAGCUUCAGAGAGCGCUCUGUGAGGAGGACUCAGGGAAAACAGCUGGUCGAGGAGGUGCUGAGAAGGUGGAGAAGUCUGCAGUCGUGGUGGGAUGGAGACUCUUCAACUCCAGAGAGUAAGACCGCCACGAUGCUGCUGCUCUCCAAGCUGCUGCAGAUCGACUCCUCCGUCUGCUCCGACAUCAGCCACGAGGCGUUCAGACCAGUGUUUUCCACGUUCACUCUGCUGCUGGUUGACAUGAAUCUGCCACUCAAUCUCAAGAGUCAGGCCCUGUUGGUGCUGCCCUUCUUCACGACCCUCCCAGAGGAGCCGCUGGCCGAGUUGCAGAGAGCCCUCGACGCCCUGGUGGCCUCACACUUCCCCAUGCAGUCGGAUGAGUUCGCUAAGGGCUCGCUUCACCGCAACAACUACAUGGACUGCAUUCGAAAGCUGCUGGAUGCCCUCGAGCUUUCUCAGAGUCCACUCCUGCUGAGAGUGAUGGCAGGCAUUCUGUGUCGAGACAGAAGACACAUCAUGGAGGAACACUUCCAAACCUCUUUCCAAAGAAUCUCCAGGCGGUCCGGCGUUGAGCGGCAGCUGCAGCUGCUGAGCACGGUGUACCAGGUGAUCCAGCAGGGCGACGUGCCCAUGAGCUCCCUGCUGCAGGCCAUGAUGGAGAGGGUCCUGCUGCCUCUCGCCUCUCACUGCAGCACCGAGGCCCUCAGCGACUUCUUUGUGGCAAACGUCUGCGAUAUAACCGCCUUGCUGCUCAGCCGCUUCACAAAGUCAAAUGAGACGGAAUUUGAGGUCCAGCUGCUGAAGAAGAACGGCUGCUACAAGCUGAUGGAGCUCCUGUACUCUCGGCUUCCCAAAGAAGAACUUUAUUCCAAGGAGUCCCGCAUCAAUCAGGCCUACUGUCGCUCAAACAAAACCGAGGGAAACGAGUUGUCCAAGGCUUUGAUCAAGUCGUGUUUCGAGGCGUUCACUGAGAACAUGUCAGGCGAGACUCAGCUCCUCGAACUCCGGAGACUCUAUCACUGUGCAGCUUACAACUGUGCCAUCGCCGCCAUCAGCUGCAGCUUCACCGAGCCCAAAUUCUACCAGGGCUUCCUCUUCAGUGAGAAACCAGAGAAGAAUCAGUUCAUCCUGGAAAAUCUCAUCGAUGUGAAAAGGACCUACAACUUUCCCAUCGAAAUUGAGGUCCCACUGGAGAGAAAGAAGAAAUACAUCAAGAUUCGUAAAGAAGUGAGCGAGGAGAAUGGAGAGGCGCCCGUGUAUCUGUCCUCCCAGUCGUACAUGGCCGACAGCAGCCUGAGUGAAGAGAUGAGUCAGUUUGAUUUCUCCACCGGAGUCCAGAGCUUCUCCUACGGCUCCCAAAACCCUGAAGGUCCCAGACGCACCGUCGCAAAACGAGAGACGGAGGAGACAAAUCCCUCCCAGGAUGCAAUGGUGGAUCUCGAAAUGGAUGAGCUCAAUGAGCACGAAUGCAUGGCAGCCAUGACGGGUCUUAUUGGACACAUGCAGAGGAACAACAUAACCCCCAAAACUGAACAGGGAAACAUGCCUCCUGAUCUUCCUCCGUGGAUGAAAUUUCUCCAUACGAAACUAUCAAACCCGGCAACACCCCUGAACAUCAGACUCUUCAUCUCGAAGCUGAUCAUCAACACGGAGGAGGUUUUCCGACCGUAUGCCAAGCACCUGCUGGGGCCACUGCUGCAGGUCGUCGUCUCUGGAAGCAACGGAGGAGACGGGAUCCAUUUCAUGGUGGUGGACAUCGUGGUCACGGUGCUCUCGUGGACGAGUCUGGCCAACCCCAAGGGAAACCCCAGAGAUGAGGUCCUCGCCAACCGGCUCUUAGAGUUCCUGAUGAAGCACAGCUUCCACUCCAAGAGGGCAGUUUUCCGCCACAACCUGGAGAUCAUUCGCACUGUGGUGGAGUGCUGGAAAGACUGUCUGCACGUGCCGUACAGUCUGAUAUAUGAGCGAUUCUGUGGCACUGACCAGAACAGUAAAGACAACUCUGUGGGACUUCAGCUGCUGGGAAUCAUCCUGGCCAACAACCUCCCUGCUUACGACGCCUCCUGCGGGAUUGAAUUUGACAGGUACAUCCAGUCUCUCACCAACAACGUGUCCUUCGUGAGGUACAAAGACGUCUACGCAGCCGCUGCUGAAAUUAUCGGCCUCAUCCUGAAGAGCAUGACCGCGAUGGACGACCACCUUCAGGAGCUUCUCAGUCACACUACAAGUAAGAUAACAAACCUGAAGAAAAAAGACUUGGACGACAAGUUCAUCAUUUGUUUGAACAAAGUGUCAAAGCACUUUCCUCCGUUCAUGGAUCGGUUUGUGAACCACGUGUUCUUCCUCCUGCCAAAGCUGCACGGCAGCCUGAAGACUCAGUGCUUGGAGUGUGUGCUGAGCCGAGCGGACGUCAUCCCAGACAUCUUCCUGCAGCUGAAGACUACAGGCUUCAUUCAGAUGAUGGGCCACAGGGAUGAAGCCAGGCAGAGAGUUUGUCUGGACAUCAUCCACAAGAUUAUCGCCCAGCUGACCCCAGGUCAGCUGCGGGAGCUGCUGGGUGCCGUGACCGCUUUCAUCUCCCACCCGUCACCCGUGUGCAGAGAGAGGAUGUACGAUAUCCUCAUGUGGAUCCAGGACAACUACAGUGACGCUGAGAGCAUGCAAGAUGACACCUCGUUGGAGGUUUUGAACACAGCCAAAGAAACUCUGCUUCAGGGACUGUCUGAAGAAAACCAAGGCCUUCAGCUUUAUGUUCGUAACUUCUGGAGUCAGGAGAAGCGCCUGCCCACUGCCACGCUGGAGCGAAUGCUGACGGUGCUUCAGUCUCUGUAUUCCUGUCAAAUCGAGCGGUGUUUCUUAAGCUUGGCUACCAACCUGCUGCUGGAAAUGACCAGCCAGAGUCCCGACUUCCAGAGAAACAUGUUUGAGUAUCCACUGUCUGAGUGUGCCUUCCAGGACUACGUGAUAGAUUCCAACUGGCGCUUCAGGAGCACAGUCAUGACUCCCAUGUUUGUGGAAACCCAAAGCUCUCAGAGCCCAGAGAGUUCAGCAGCGUCCCAGUCUGGAGCCAUUAAGGGGAAACUCCGAGCCACUCAGACGUCAUUAGAGUUCUCCCAGACCCAAACAGCAGGUCGACGUACAGCAUACAACUGGCUCACAGGCAGCAGUGUGGAUACACUAGCAGAGUACACACUCGCCUCUGAGUCUCUGUCCUCGUUGUUGGUGUUUGAUAAGAAAGCUGAGAGGCGAACUACAGCACGGAGACCCGUUGGAGAAGGCUUUGGUCUGAGGCGUCUUACUGCGUCAACCGAUGAGGUGGACAGUCGCACCGCAGCAGAAAACGAGCAGCGUCGCAACAUCCUGAGACUGAGGCGCAGGUUCCUCAAGGAUCAGGAGAAAGUCAGCUUGACUUAUGCACAAAAAGAGAUCCAACAGCAAAGACAGAAAAAGGAAGAGAAAGCUGACCAAAGGCUGCGAAAAGAGGCUCAGGUGACUCUCUAUCGUAACUACAGAGUGGGAGACUUUCCAGACAUCCAGAUCUCAUACAGCAGCCUCAUCACCCCUCUUCAAGCACUGGCCCAGAGAGAUCCGCUUUUAGCCAAGCAGCUGUUCAGCUCCCUGUUUGCUGGUGUCCUCCAAGAGAUGGACAAAGUCAAACCAAGAGGGGACAGCAGGAGGAUUAAGGAGGAACUGCGGGUCACCAUGAAUUCGUUCCUGAGCAGGAGUUCCCUCUGCUUCCCCCCAUUCAUCGCAUGUGUGCAGGACAUGUGCUACCAGCACGAGGAGCUGCAGCUGCUCGAUCCUGCAGCCAUCAGCUCCACCUGCCUGGUGAGUCUCCAGCAGCCGUCGGGCAUCCUGCUGCUGGAGGAGGGCCUGUUGCACGCCGGCGGCCAGGAUGAACCUCCUUCCAAACGGCCGCGGGGACGCAAAGAAAUCCCCCCAGACACCAAUAAGUGGAUCCACCUCGCCAGGCUCUACAGGUCUGUGGAGGAUUACGACGUUGUGCGCGGCAUCUUUGGUGGUAAAGUUGGGACCAAGUCGAUCACCUGUGCUGCGCUUCAGGCUGAAGCCAACAGUGACUACGCUGAAGCUGUGAAGCUCUACAACGAGGCUCUGAACACUGACCGCUGGACCGAUGGCGAGCCCACGGACUCGGAGAAGGACUUCUGGGAAAUAGCUGCUAUGGAGGCCUACAGUCACCUGACCGAGUGGAAGUCUCUGCAGUACUGCUCCACUGUGUACAUAGACGAGGCCUCCCCACCCGACCUCGAGAAGAUGUGGUCGGAGCCGCUCCACCAGGAAAUGUACCUGCGGCACAUGAUUCGCAGCAUGUUGAAGCAGCUGCAGCUGGGCGAGACGGACCAGACGCUCCUCAGCUUCGUCGACCGAGCCAUGAGGGUGGAGGAGCGCAAAAAGCUGCUGGAGAGCCACUACAGCCAGGAGCUCAGCUUGCUCUACAUCCUGCAGGAGGACUACGACCGCGCAAAAUACUACACCAGCUACGCCAUGCAGCUGUUCAUGGAGAAUUACUCCAAUGUGGAUACGCUGCUGACUCAGAGUCGGCUGACCACCCUGCAGUCGGUGCAGGCCUUGACUGAAAUCCAGGACUUCCUGCAGUUCGUUAAAGGAGAGGUGUCUGUGAGCUCCCUGAAGCGUCUCAUCAGACUCUGGACCGAGCGGUACCCUGAUGCUAAAGUGGAUCCAGUGAACUUAUGGGAUGAUAUCAUCACGUCUCGGUGCUUCUUCCUGGACAAGAUCAGGGAAAAGCUGAGAGGCCACGCCGCCAGCGACAGCAUGGAGGUGGACGGUUCAGAGGACGCCGUAGCUGACGUUGACGUGUUAGUGAAUGACUGCAAGUUCAGCAUGAAGCUGCAGAUGGCUGACAGUGCGUGGAAGCAGAACAACUUUCCUGUGGCCACCAAGCUGCUGAAGGAGCUGCACAGAGAAGCCAAGUCAAACAGAGGCUGGCUGCUGCGAUGGGUCCACAGUUUCAGCCGCUACAGCCACAAACGCAGCCACAGUCAGGGUCCUGUGGAUCAGAUCAGCGCCAUGCUGAAGACCAUCCCGAUGCUGGAUGACCUCCAUCCUGACUGUCUCGGUGCCUCAGAUCGAGUGUUCAGAUCCCAAAAGAUCCUGCAGGGUACGUCCUUCCACAUCCUGGCCUCAGCUGUCAGCAGAAGCCCUUCAGUGCUGGGAGCCGUUGAAGCGGAGAAAGCAGGCCGAGUUGCAAAACUCUCUGGAGCUGCUUGGCCCAGUGAAAACCCAAAGGAAGUGGAAGUGGGGCUGCAGUUACAAGCUCUGAAGCUGCUGCGUGAUGCUAGCAGGAGGGCUGAUGAAGAGCUGCAGUCUUACAGUCAGGACUGUUUGGAGGGCGGCAGCAUCGCUGACACCUACAUGACUUUGGCCAACUUCUGCGACAAACGACUGCGGGAGGAGGAGCAGAGUGACACCGAGAGCCAGUUCCCCGACCUGCUCGCCCUUCCUGUUCAUUUAGUGGAGAGCAUGUUGAAAGCACUGAAGAUGAAUUCAGAAGAAGCUCGCCUCAAGUUCCCACGUCUGCUGCAGAUUAUCGAGUCGUACCCCUCUGAGACGCUGGACCUCAUGACAAAAGAGGUGAUGUCAGUUCCCUGCUGGAUGCUGAUUGGCUGGCUCAGUCAAAUGGUCGCCCUGUUGGACAAGCGGGAAGCUGUGGCAGUGCAGCAGAGCAUCAGGCAGAUCGCGGAGUGCUACCCUCAGGCGCUGGUUUACGCUCUAAUGAUCAGCAGCGAGACGUACCAGUUCGAGGACUCGGCCACAGGACACCAGCAGCAGGAGUUUGUCAACAGGAUUAAGAGUAUGCUGGAUGAGAGAGGAGCUGUGAAGAACUUUGUGGACGCGCUGCAGCAGCUCACAAACCCCGAAAUGAUUUUUAAGGACUGGUGGGACGGUGUGAAGAACGAAUUGGAAAAGCCGAGCUUUGACAAGAAGCGGAUGGGCUCCAUGUACGACGAGAUGCAGUCGUCGCUCGGGGAUCGUAACACAGCCGCUCACGGGAUGUUUCGCAAGAGAUUCAUCCAGAAAUUUGCCAAACCUGUGGAGAAACUGCUGGGGCCUAAAGGCAGCAAGCUGUUUGAGAAGAGGAGAGACAGAGGCUUUUUGCGGCAGGUGGACGAUCUGGCAACGUCCAUGCGUGGAUUUCAGAAGGAGCCGGGGAACCUGAAGGAGUACUCGCCCUGGCUGAGUGGAUUCAAAGCAGAUGCCUUCAGCAAUGAGCUGGAGGUCCCAGGACAGUAUGACGGCAGAUCCAAACCUUUGCCUGAGUAUCACGCCAAAAUCACAGGCUUUGACGAAAGGGUAAAGGUGAUGUCCUCGAUUCGUCGGCCCAAACGCCUCAUCAUCCGCGGGGACGAUGAACGUGACCACCCCUUCCUGGUGAAGGGUGGGGAGGACCUCCGUCAGGACCAGCGCAUCGAGCAGCUGUUUGCCGUCAUGAACAUCCUGCUGAGUCACGACGCUGCCUGCGCCCACAGGGGCCUGCUGCUGCGCACCUAUCAAGUCAUUCCCAUCAACACCAGAAUUGGUCUGAUUGAAUGGAUGGAGAACACCUGCACCCUGAAGGACUUCCUGUGUGGCACGAUGACUGAGGAGGAGCAGCAGCGGGCAGCAGGGUUUGCUGAAGUCUACAAUAAAUGGCUCUCCGGCUUUGCUCCAAAUCCGAAAGUUCCUGCUAUUGCACUUUACGGUCUGGCUUAUGGGAAAGCCAAACGUGCUGAGACUGUCGCCAACUUUAUGAAAGUGCUGCAGCGUGUGCCCGCUGAUCUCCUCAAGAGAGCUUUUCUGAAGAUGUGCAACAGUCCCGAGGCCUUCCUCUCCCUGCGCUCCCACUUCAUCAGCUCUCACGCCUUGCUGUGUGUGAGCCACUGGAUCCUCGGGAUCGGGGACCGCCACCUCUCCAACUUCAUGAUCAACAUGGAAACGGGAGGCAUGAUCGGCAUCGACUUCGGUCACGCGUUCGGUUCAGCCACGCAGUUCCUCCCUGUGCCCGAGCUCAUGCCUUUCAGGCUGACGCAGCAGUUUGUGAAUCUGAUGCAACCUCUGAAGGAGUCCGGUUUGAUCCAGAGCGUCAUGGUCCACUCGCUGCGAGCGUACAGCGCCGAGCCGGACCUCCUGCUGAACACCAUGGACGUGUUCGUCAAGGAGCCCUCGCUGGACUGGAAGAACUUUGAGCUGAAACAACUGAAGAAACGAGGCACAUGGAUGGAGGAGGUGGACACCAAAGAAAUCAACUGGUAUCCCUUACAGAAGGUGAACUUUGCCAGAAGAAAACUGGAAGGAGCGAAUCCAGCUGUUAUAACCAGCGAGGAGCUGAGGCUGGGCUUCGAGAAGGACGCCGCCUUCUCUGGGAUGCAGGCUGUGGCCUUGGGGACGCAGGAGCACAACAUCCGGGCGAAGCUUCCGGCUGCAGGCCUGACCGUGGAGAAGCAAGUGGACUGUCUGCUCGACCAGGCCAUGGACCCAAAUGUGCUGGGCAGAGUGUGGGUGGGCUGGGAACCCUGGCUCUGAUUCUGAUCCUCACAAUAUCUGAGAAACAAAUUGCUUCGUAGGUCAGAAGCCUGAGGUCAAACUCAGAACUCUGUGGAGCAGGAUGAGCUCUUAUCUCAUCCUUCAUGGAGACUGUAGUACCGUCAGAUUCUUGUUUUAAAUCGGGUGAUAUGCACACGAACCUAAGAGAACUCAUGAUCACAUCAGUUAUUCCUGUCUUGUAACUUGAUUUUGAAAUUAAAAACAAUAUGAAAGGCG